AUGAAACCUUGGGAUAAAGAUGAUUAUGCAGAGUUUGAAGGUAUGCACACCGUUGUUACCAUGGUAAAGAAGGACGCUCGUGGAAGAGAUAUUAAAAAGAAGGAAAUACUUCAAGGCUCUGUUGGGAAAAUCUUUUCGGCCAAAGUAAAUGGAAAGUUUCCAUCUCGAAUCCUUAUUUCGGCUCUGGCUGGACGAGGAAAGACGACAGCUGUUGCUAAGAUGGCACACGACUGGGUUCACAGAGAGGAAGGGUCAGGAUUAGAAGACUUGCCACUUCUGUUCGUAGUCAAGUUUCGAAACACAAGUCACAGUACAUCGAUCGGAGAAGCCAUCAUAUCACAACUCCUGGGUGAUGUUGACGAUCUGACGCCAGAGGGGCUAGAAAGUUUCAUCAGACAGCAUCAGGGAGUCUGUCAUAUUGUACUAGAUGGUCUUGAUGAGUAUGCUGGUGUCUCUUCCUCAAGCAAUAUCAUGAGAAUUCUCCGCAGGGAAAUGUUUCCACGGUGUCGAGUACUUGUAACAACACGACCUCACCUAGAAUAUAUUUUUAGUCAAGGAGAUCUACCAUGGGUGUACACAAAGAUGGAGAUCGAAGGAUUCUCGCGAGACAGCUCACACGAUUACAUUGACAGGUUCUUUGCUUCUGUUCAGAAAGAUAUGAAAGCGAAUGCUCUGAAAGUUUACCUCGAUGAACAACCCCUAAUUGAGGAACUCGUAAAAACUCCGCUAUUUUGCCUCAUGGUCUGUCACUUGUGGUCUGAAGAUUUACUUCAGCGUGACACUACAACUCAAACAGAAUUACUCGACCAAGUUAACGUAUUUUUAAUGCUCCACGCAAAUGCCCGGACACCUGGCUUGAUAAAAAAUGCCAAACAACUAAACAAAAUAAUACUGAAACUGGGAGAAAUUGCUCUCACUGGUCUGAUCAAUGAUGCUAAGAAGUUAGUUUUCUCGUCUUGUGAUUUUCAGAGAGUUCCCUCUAUUUUUGAUAUGGCAUGCGCCCUAGGAAUAGUCUCAAAGAAUGUUGUUUCAACCAGACGCCUUCCACAACUUGACGAAGCAUUUCCCACUACCACAACUAAUAUUGAGUUUUAUCACAAACUUGCUCAAGAACAUGCAGCAGGAAAGUAUCUUGCUAAAAAAACAAACCGCUUUCUUUUGUUGUUGAAGUCCAGUAAGUUAGACCGAGUACUGAGAGAUAUAAACACAAGCAUUGGAGAAUAUGAAAAUCUUAUUCGAUUUUCUUCUGGUACGAAGAGCAAUCUCUGCAUUAGAAUAAUGGAGAACGUCCUUACAAAUAGUUAUUUAUCUGAGAGUGAGCGAUAUCGUAUUCUCCUAGACUGUUCAUCAGAGUCUGGGGUCAACGAUGGGAAUGUGUCAUCGCUGGUACGAAGGUGUGUGACGUCACGACGUAUGAUAUUAAAGUCACCAACAGUGUAUACUAUUGUUGGGAUGCUAAAUAUUCCACGUGAGCUGAAAGAGAAGGUUGUGAGUGUAGAAUUUGAGCAGUCUACCAUGGGAACCGCUGUGACAGAUGGACUAUGGGCCUGUCUUAAAUCAUUCCCGAUGCUAACUUCUCUCACCAUCUCAGACUCGUCUAUCGAUUUUCCUCCAUCUCCUCCUGAGCUACCAUCCAUCACAAGCCUAUCAGUUAAGGGAGUGACGUCACAAUGUUAUAAAGGUCUGAUCUCGAUGCUCCCUUGUUUGACAGACAUAGCAGAUAUGGAUAUCACUAUCGAUGAUGCAGAGGGAGACAUUGCCUAUAUCUCGGCUAGUUUUCGUCGGACUGGAGGACAAAAGCUAGAACGGAUAAUUCUUCGUGACGCUCCGUCAUCAUUCCCGUCACGGAAAAGUUCUUUCGGGACUGAGACAGAGGGAGGACUGAGGCUGCUAUAUGACAAAGACGCUACGAACAUGCUUAUAUUGCACAGCACUAAACAUUCGGAAAACAAAGGUCCUGUUGAACUCCUCGAGUCGUUUGCAUUUUUGGCAUCAUUGGCGGAACUGGAACUAGAAUUUCUUGAUGAUUGGUCUUUCAACUUCAAAACAACGUUUGGUGUUAAGAUAACCAAAUGUCAACUGUCUCCUGAGAUGACUACGAGAAUAUGGUCCUGUCUCAGUUCCUUCACCUCACUGAACCAUCUCAACAUCUCAGACUCAUCUAUCGAUUUCCCUCAAUCUCCUCCUGAGCUACCAUCCAUCACAAGCCUAUCAGUUAAGGGAGUGACGUCACAAUGCUUUGAAGGUCUGAUCUCGAUGCUCCCUUGUUUGACAGACAUAGCAGAUAUGGAUAUCACUAUCGAUGAUGCAGAGGGAGACAUUGCCUAUAUCUCGGCUAGUUUUCGUCGGACUGGAGGACAGAAGCUCGAACGAAUAAGUCUUCGUGACACUCCGUCAUCAUUCCCGUCACAGAAGAGUCCUUUCUGGAGUGAGACAGAGGGAGGACUGAGGCUGCUAUUCGACAAACGUGCCGCGAACAUGCUUAUAUUGCACAGCGAUAAACAUUCGGAAAACAAAGGUCCUGUUGAAGUCCUCGAGUCGUUUGCAUUUUUGGCAUCAUUGGCUCAACUGAAACUAGAAUUUCUUGAUGGUUGGUCUUUCAACUUUGGAACGACGUUUGGUGUUAAGAUAACCAAAUGUCAACUGUCUCCUGAGAUGACCACGAGAAUAUGGUCCUGUCUCAGAUCCUUUACCUCACUGAACGAUCUCACCAUCUCAGACUCAUCUCUCAGUUUCACCCCAUCUCCUCCUGAGCUACCAUCCAUCACAAGCCUAUCAGUUAAGGGAGUGACGUCACAAUGCUAUAAAGGUCUGAUCUCGAUGCUCCCUUGUUUGACCGACAUAGUAGAUAUGGAUAUCACUAUCGAUGAUGCAGAGGAAGACAUUGACUAUAUCUCGGCUAGUCUUCGUCGGACUGGGGGAAAGAAGCUAGACCGAAUAAUUAUUCGCGACACUCCGUCAUCAUUCCCGUCACGGAAGAGUUCUUUCGGGACUGAGACAGAGGGAGGACCGAGACUGCUAUUCGACAAACAUGCCACGAACAUGCUUACAUUGCACAACGCUAUACAUUCGGAAAACAAAGGUGCUGUUGAAGUCCUCGAGUCGUUUGCAUUUUUGGCAUCAUUGGCUCAACUGGAAUUAGAAUUUCUCGAUGGUUGGUCUUUCAACUUUGGAACAGCGUUUGGUGUUAAGAUAUCUAAAUGCCAACUAACUCUAGAAAUGGCUAAGAGAAUGUGGUCCUGUCUGAGUUCCUUUACCUCACUGAACCAUCUCCACAUCUCAUUCCCAUCACUCAGUUUCUUUAAAUUUCCUCCUGAGCUACAAUCCAUCAGAAGUCUAUCAGUUGAGGGAGUUACGUUACAGAACUACAGAAUUCUGAUCUCAUCGCUCCCUGGUUUUGUAGACAUAGUGCAUAUUGAUAUCACUAUCGAUGAUCCAGAGAGAGACAUAGCCUUUAUCACGGCUGGUCUUCGUCAGAAUCGACGACAAAAACUCACAAACAUUACCCUUCGCACUCUGUACUCACUUCCAAUAAAGCGGUGUCGCGUAUCUAGCGAGACCUUGAGAGGACUGAGUCUGCUCAUCAAGGAACAUACCAAGAACCUAAUGGAGUUCUAUCUGGGCUGGGUGAAGUGCGCAUACGAGGAUGACUUGGUUUAUCUCAUUGAAUGCUGCAGAUAUGUGAAGACGAUGGAGCGUGUAGAGUAG